GCCGCAGUGUUGAUCAUGCCACGGAGCCCCAUGUCUAGCGAGGAGGAAAUGGCUCAGAGUUUCUCGGACUCGGUCAGUUCGGAAUCAGACAGCUCCCGAGAUGAGCCUCCCAGGCUGGAUCGACCUACCAGCGGCCGACUGGACGACAGCCUGCGAGACACAAUGCUCAUCUGUGUGGUCAUCCCUGACCUGCAGCAGUCUAAAUCCAUGAGGUUCAGUCCUGAUGCCACAGUAUGGGUUGCUAAGCAGCAGAUCCUGUGUACACUCACACAGAGUCUGAGGGAUGUGCUCAACUAUGGGCUCUUCCAGCCAGCGGUGGACGGGAGGGAGAGUGGUUUCCUGGAGGAAGAACGGCCCCUGCGAGACUAUCCGCUAUCCAGCAAUAAAGGCGUUCCAACCCUUGAAUUCCGCUACAAGAGCAGAGUGUACCAGCAGCCAAACGUCAACGAAAAGCAAAUUGAAAAACUCCACACACAGGUCAACCUGAGGAAACUUAUGGAGUAUAUCCAGCAUCAUCAGGUGGACAAAGUCUCCAAGAUGUUGGAAAGAGGGUUGGACCCCAACUAUCAUGACCCUGAAACUGGUGAGACACCACUGACCCUUGCGGCCCACCUGGACAAUAUGGUGGAGAUUAUAGUUACAUUGAAAAGCGGCGGCGCUCAUUUAGAUUUCCGCUCUCGGGAUGGGAUGACUGCCCUGCACAAAGCAGCCAGGGCGAAAAACCAGAUAGCUCUUAAGACUAUAUUGGAUUUGGGAGCGUCUCCAGACUAUAAGGACCGGCAGGGUUUGACUCCACUCUACCACACAGUGACUGUAGGGGGAGACCCGAGCUGCUGCGAGGUCCUUCUGCGAGCCCAUGCCAGCGUGGGAUGCCACGAUGAGAACGGCUGGCACGAGAUCCACCAGGCUUGUCGAUAUGGCCACAUCCAGCACCUGGAGCAUCUCUUGUUCUACGGAGCUGACAUGCAUGUGGAAAAUGCAUCGGGGAAUACGGCUCUCCAUAUCUGCGCUCUGUACAAACAGGAAAAGUGUGCCAGGGUUCUUCUGGUUCGAGGAGCCAGCAAAGACGUCAAAAACUACCGAGGACAAACGCCUUUUCAGGUGGCAAUAAUUGCUGGAAAUUUUGAGCUUGCAGAAUUCAUAAAGAAUCACAAAGAAUCUGAUAUUGUGCCUUUUCGGGAGGCACCGACAGGCACGGGUCGGAGCAGGCUGCUGCAGCAAACGCCGCCGCAGCACCAGGGUAGGAACACUCUUGCCGCCCCACGCAUGCUGCUCCGCUCCAACAGCGACAACAACCUGAACGUCAACAAGCUACCGCUGGACCGUUCUCGCUCGCCCUCUCCUACCGCCUCCCCCCUGCGCAGCCUCUCGCCCCGCCACCCCCAGCAGAUGCAGAACAGCCCCAAUGGCACGGUGAAGACCAUGGCCCUGGGGGGACGCUCCGCCCGAAGCCGUUCCCCUUCCCUGGGCCGACUGGGGGAGGGAGAAACCCGGAGACAGACCCCUCAGCGCCACAGCAGUCCCCGUGCCAACAGGGAUGCGUACUCUGGCAUGGACACUCCAGGGUCCAAACGCAAGCUUUACAGUGCUGUGCCAGGACGACACUAUGUGGUGGUCAAGUCUUACCAACCGCAGGGCGAGGGAGAAAUCGCUUUGUAUAAGAAUGACAGGGUCAAAGUUCUCAGUAUUGGAGAAGGAGGAUUCUGGGAAGGCAGUGCCCGAGGGAAUGUAGGCUGGUUCCCAGCAGAAUGCGUGGAAGAGAUCCCAAGCAAACCCAACGAGGACAGGCCCUAUGCCCGGGCAGACCGAUCGGAGAGAAGGAAGCUCUUUCGACACUACACUGUGGGAUCUUAUGACAGUUUUGAUGCAUCAAGCGACUGCGUUAUCAACGAAAAGACGGUCGUGCUGCAGAAGAAGGAUAACGAGGGAUUCGGGUUCGUGUUGAGAGGGGCGAAAGCGGAUACUCCCAUUGAGGAGUUCACUCCGACCCCGGCGUUCCCUGCUUUGCAGUAUCUGGAGUCUGUGGAUGAGGGAGGGGUGGCAUGGAAAGCUGGCUUGAGGACUGGAGAUUUCCUCAUUGAGGUGAACCAGGACAAUGUCGUCAAAGUGGGCCACAAACAAGUGGUCAACAUGAUCCGUCACGGUGGCAACCACUUAAUUAUCAAAGUGGUGACGGUCAGUCGAAAUCUAGAUCCUGAUGACACGGCUCGAAAGAAAGCGCCACCACCACCACGGAGGGCUCCCUCCACAGCCUUGUCCAUGCGUUCAAAAUCUAUGACCUCAGAGCUUGAAGACCUAGGUAAGCACACCACUUUGAGGAAAAAGAAGGAUGAUCAGCUUUCAGAUAAUGAGGGUCUGAAGAAGAGGAUUGUAUUUCAAGUCACACUAAAUAAAGUGGAUGAGGUCAUGCCCCCCCAGAAACCCAUGUGGGACAACUCAAAUGCAGAUGUGAGGGUGGCAGCAGUCAAACCACGUCCGAAUAGCAAGUGUUUUGCUGUCAGCCCUGAAAUGAAUUCUCUCUGCAAUAGUCAGGAUACAGCAGUAGACUCACCACAGCAGCCAGGGAGUCCUAGAGGCCCCUUCCUGGGUUUACCAAAGGGAACCAUAAGGCGACAAACAUCUAUAGGAGUAACCGAAGAAGAGAAGCAGUUCCUUACUCCUCCAAUGUUAAAAUUUACAAGAAGCCUUUCAAUGCCUGACACAUCAGAGGAUAUUCCACCACCACCAGCCAUCUCCCCUCCAUCUCCACCUCAUAAUAAUGCUCCUGUCCCAGCUGGUCGAGGAUAUGGCACCAUCAGACCAGGCUUUACUUCACAGAGUCCUAAUGCAAACAGUACAGCCCCAGACAGAGGUGAAGGUACUGGGUGGAGAGAUCAGGGCAUGUAUUACAGAGACAAUCCCGAACAGCACGAUUCAGAGGGGUACAAUCACAGCCCAACGGCCCAACAGAGUCUUCAUAUGCGCCGUGCCCAAAUUCCUGAAAACCCUUACUCGGAUGUGGGCAAGAUGGGUCAAGCUGGACUGUUUGUGCCCAACAAGCCUGCCAGAAGGAAGGGAAUGCUUGUCAAGCAGCCCAACGUAGAAGACAGUCCUGAGAAAACCUGCUCCAUCCCGAUUCCGACCAUAAUAAUUAAAGAGCCCUCCACCAGCAGCAGCGGUAAGAGCAGUCAAGGGAGCAGCAUGGAAAUUGAGACGAACACACCGGAUCACCCAGGACAACUACGCCCUGAAGAUGGCUUAAAUUCAGGCAGUCCCUUUGCAGCUGCCAUUGCCGGUGCAGUUAGAGACAGGGAGAAGAGGCUUGAUGCUCAUCGCAACUCCCCAUCUUUUAAGUCAACAGAUGCAGGUGAUGAGGAUGUGGUGCCUAGACCAGCCCCACGUCUCCGACACUCCAAGUCUAUUGAUGAGGGCAUGUUUAGCAGCGAUGAGCGGCUGCGUAGGCUCAUGGCACCUCCCUCAUCACUACUUAGCAUCCCUAGAGGUGGUGGUAAUGUGACGGACUUCAACAGCCCUGAGCCCACCAUGGUAAGGGAACUGUUGAACACCCGUACAGGACACAGCCCGAUCAGUCUGCCUGCUCAUAAGACCUACAGCUCAGGAAGUGGGAAUUACGUUCACCCAGUAACAGGCAAGCCACUAGACCCGAAUUCACCCUUAGCUUUAGCAUUAGCUGCCAGAGACCGAGCCAUGAGGGAGCAAUCACAGCCUCUUCCUCUAAAGAGUGACCCAUCCAAACUUGAUCUCAAUAAACCGCUUUUUAUCGACACCAAGCUUAGACCAAAUGUGGAGGUUGGCUUCUCAAGUACCGCUACAAUGGGUCGUCCCCGGGGGGGCCUGCGGAGGCAGAUGACGGAAUCCAAAUAUGAGACUGAAUCCAAGUAUCAGCUCGAUCUGGGCAAGCCUGAGAAGAGGCCUGAGGAGAAGAAGAACAUGCUGAUUGACAUUGUGGACACUUCUCAGCAGAAGUCAGCUGGUCUGCUGAUGGUACACACCACAGAUGGGGCAAAAUCGGAAGAUAACAGCUUGUCAGAGGGCGACAAGGACGAGGCAGUGAGUCCCGACAGCACCCCUGGGGAGCUUCGCGACCCCAACCAGCCAGCUUCCACCAACCCCCCAGCUCCCAAGGCGCUAUCAGCUGCUCCACAUGGCAAGACCAUCAUAACUGUUAGCUCAGUGGAUGAGCCCGUCAAGUUGCCCUUCGGUAUCCCUCCGCCGCCCUUGGCUUCUAUCGACAUCGAUGAAGAGUUUGUGUUUGCUGAACCCCUACCACCCCCACUGGAGUUUGCCAACAGUUUUGACAUUCCUGAAGACCAGGCAGGGACUUUAGCUGAACUACUUAAACAGAAAACAAAUGGUACAAAAGGGCCUUCUCUUGCUCCCUAUUUUCCCCUGUUAGGUGGUGGGAAUUCCGAAAUCAAGAGACCAACCGUCCUCACAAACUGCACACCCCCCAGCUUCCCUCCAGGGCCCCUAGAGCCCUAUGAACAGAUCACUGACUCUGGCAUUGAGGUAGACAGCCGAAGCAGUGGUGACCCCCAACUGGAGACUACCAGCACCAUCUCUACUGUGUCCAGCAUCUCCACCUUGUCUUCUGAAGGAGGCGAGACUCUGGACACAUGCACCGUCUAUGCAGAUGGACAAGCCUUUCUGGUGGACAGGUCUCAGAUCCUUUCCAAACCAAAACCCAAACCUGCCAUCAAGAGCAAUGCACUUUACAAGGAUGCUUUGCCUGAGGAGAACGUGAGCUCUUUCAGAAUGCCCUCCUCUGUCCCACCUCUGCCCCCUGUAUCAAUUCCACCAGAACCAUUGAAAACCCCAACGCAACGAACCUCAAAGCUGUGGGGGGACCCUCCGGAGAUGAAAGGACCCCAUGGCCCUGAAGCCAAUUCAGUUCUGCAGCAUGUGAACAAGGACAAAGCACCAAAGCCAGGGGAAGCAUUAGACUCUCCAACCGGAUCCAGGACUCACUUCGGAACGAGAAAUCAGGAUGGUGUAUCCCUCAUCUCAGGUACACAGCAGAACAACACCGUUACCUUCACUGCCCAGCCUGGCCCGAACGUGCCUGCCCCGUCACCGUGCCGACAGGCCGAGAGCCUGCCUCCCCACCACCACACCCAAAGCCCCAUCAUGUCCCCGCCGGACUCUGGCCUAAGCUGUGCCUCUUCUCUUCCGACCUCGGUUACUUCCCCCACCAUGACGGACGUAUUUGGUCUGCCCACACCGCCUCUCAGCCUGGGCACGGGGCGUAGCCGUUCCCCUUCCCCGCUCACCCUUAUCCAGGCCACAUCAAACAAGCCCUUUGCCACCAAACCCGUCCUCAUGUGGAGCAAGCAGGACGUGGCUGACUGGCUCGAGAGCCUGAACCUGGGUGAGCACAGGGAUGCCUUUAUGGACAAUGAUAUCGAGGGCAGCCAUUUGCCCAACCUGCAAAAGGAGGAUCUGAUCGACUUGGGUGUGACUCGUGUGGGUCACAGAAUGAACAUCGAGCGGGCGCUAAAAGUCCUCUUGGACAGAUGAGACUGGGCAGACGUCCUCAACCAGGACUCCGCGCAUCUUGUUCAUAAGCUCCUUUUUCCCUCUUCCCUUAUUUCAGUUCACUAAUUUGAACAGUUUGUUGUCCUAUCAUGCUUUCGGUGGAAUUGAGGAACUCUCACAUCCUGAAGAAACUCAAGCAUUCAAAAUAUCCGCAUAAGCACAAGCGGUUCCCUGCGUUUCUGUUCCAAGAGCUCUGGCACCAGAGAGGACAUUGAAGCCAACACACUGUAUGGAAACUACAAACAUGAGCUGACUGUCCUUUGGCUUUUAAGGACUUUGGCCUCCUUUGAAUGCACUGAAACCAGCAGAGCUGGGGAUCAAUUUUCUAUAUUUGCUAAGACAAUUCUACAGAGAAUAUUUCUUCAGGAAAAAAGGGAACCUUUGUCUAUGUAUCAGCUGCCUAUGAAAUAAAUAUCUUGCUUUUUUCCCCUCCUACACCUUUGACCAAGAGGUACACGAAUGUAGAAGAUGUGAUCCGUGGGCAUUUGAUGUCCCUCAGUUCAUUCGCUGACAGUCCUAGAAGGGCCAUGGUCACUUGAAAACACAGAGGUCAAAUGUCCCUACAUGCCAACAAACGUAACCGUAGCAAGCAACAGGUCUCUCCACCAUCUUGAAUCUUCGAGUCUUGUAAUACACUAACUUUGGAUGUUUGUCUGAAUGAUCAACAAUUCUCUUGGGUCUUUGAAUUGUGGUUUACUAUUAGGUGUCUUCCAUAUGGUAAGGAGGUCUACGGCAUUCCCACCAACAUUUUAAUUUGUAACUUUAGUCGAUACUAGUCUGCAUUGUUGCUAGUCAAUAUUAAUUUCCAGCGGGUUUGAUUUGGAAUUAUGGGUUUUCACAGGAACACAUAAGAUCUGAAAUACUGAGGUUUAGUUUCAUGGGUGAAUGGAAAAUAAUUGAAUU